UCUUAUGUGUAAUACGCUCAGCUGCAGUCAAGUUGAGCAGCUCAUGUCUGCUGGAAACGACGAGUUUGGAUUUACACACAUUUCUGACCCACUUCAUUUGAGUCUGUUGGGUUCUAACAAGAGAAUAACGUGUAUUUGGUGAUGUAAAUAAACUAUUUUUGUGAAGCAUCGUUUCUGGCAGAAGAAAAGUGUCUGGAUGAAGAAGAGAGAGUUUAUCAGCCAUUAAACUGCAGGUUUCUGUAAUGACUGGUUAAUGUGUGUACAAUGGAGACGAAGGCACAGGUUUUAUAUGAUUUCACAGCAGAGCCUGGAAAUAAUGAGUUGUCGGUUCGAGAGGGUGAGACAAUCACAAUAACCAAUCAGAACAUUGGUGGAGGAUGGAUCGAGGCAAAGAACUCCAGAGGAGAAGUCGGAUUGGUACCAGAGGACUAUAUAGAGAUUAAACAGGCUCAACCUUUUACCUCUGGAGGAAAUGCAGCAUCCCUCGAUCUCUCGCUCUUCGACAGCCACAUACCGGCCCCGGCCAGCACCGCACAGGUGGCUGUAGCUCAGCCGGAAACCCCAGUCACCCCGGUUACCCCAGGAUUUUCCUCCACCUCCCCUAAUGAGACAAGUAAUGGUAAUGACCCAUGGGCAGUGUUUGACAGUAAUGCGUCUGGGGGUUUUUCUAAUAACUGGGCAGCUCAGCCAGAGGGCACAGAGACCGGGGAAACCAGCAGCAGUGCAUGGCAUUCUGGAGGACACGGGCAUCCGCAGGCCUACCAGGGUCCAGACAUUUACCCCUACCCAUGUCUUAUUGAUCUCUCAGGUGCAGAAGACGAUGAGUGGGACGAGGAGUGGGAUGACGUGAAGACAUCGGGUGGCUAUGCUGAAUCUGAGGCUGGAGAGGGCGGGGCUAUAAACAGAGGCGGAGCUCAUGGUUCAUCCAUGAAAAUUGCCCUCAACAAAUUCCCUGGCUUCACCAAAUCAGGUCCUGAGCUGUACCUGCUGUCCAAACAGCCUGCCAAAGGAACCAGGUUGCCUGUUUACGGGGGAGAGGCUGGCCCAGUGUGGGCAUAUCCAGACUAUCAGCUGGACUGUGUUGUCGCUGACCCUAAAAAGGGCACCAAAAUGUACGGCCUCAAGAGUUACAUUGAGUACCAAGUCACACCCACCACCACAAACAAGCCUGUCAAUCACAGAUACAAGCACUUCGAUUGGUUGUAUGAAAGGCUUUUGGAUAAAUAUGGUUCAGCGAUUCCAAUCCCCUGCCUGCCUGAUAAACAGGUGACAGGUCGAUUUGAGGAGGAAUUUAUAAAAAUGCGCAUGGAGAGGCUUCAAGGUUGGAUGACGCGAAUGUGCCGGCAUCCGGUUGUCUCCAGCAGUGAAGUCUUCCAGCUGUUUCUCUCCUACAAAGAUGAGAAGGACUGGAAAAUGGGAAAGAGAAAAGCAGAAAAAGACGAGACAGUCGAAGUCAUGAUUUUCUCCACGAUAGAGCCUGAGGGACUGCCAGACCUGGACCUGAUUGAAGUAGAGCAGAAGUGUGAGCAGUUCAACCGUUUCACCAGGGCGAUGGAUGACGGUGUGAAAGACUUGCUGACAAUAGGAAAUGAACACUGGAAACGCUGCACAGGCCCCCUUCCAAAGGAAUAUCAACGGAUUGGCAAAGCUUUCCAAAACCUGUCCUCAGUGUUCAACAGCAGUGGAUAUGAAGGAGAGGCUACGCUCACAGAUGCGCUGACGGCUGCAGGAAAGACCUAUGAGGACAUCGCUCAGAUGGUGGCGGAGCAGCCAAAGAAAGACCUUCACUUCCUCAUGGAAACUAACAAUGAGUACAAAGGUCUGCUGGGAUGCUUUCCUGACACUAUUGGAGUUCACAAGGCUGCCAUAGAGAAAGUGAAGGAAGCGGAUAAACUAGUGGCCACCGGUAAAAUCACCACCUCAGAGAAGAUCACCAUGUCUAAACGUGCCAGCACCAUGUCAUACGCUCUGCAAGCGGAGAUGAACCACUUCCAUAGCAACCGUAUCUAUGACUACAACAGGGUGAUGCAGCAGUACCUGGAGCAGCAAGGCAAAUUCUAUGAGAUGAUUGCGGAGAAACUACGACACGCUCACAGUCAGUUCACUACUAUGUAACGGCGAAGCAGCCGUCCGGAAGCUGCCUCACUCGUUCUCUCUGUUCCUCUUACGAUUAUGAUUAUUCUCGUUCUGUGUUUCUAUUCAUGUUAUCUGUGUCAUGAUGUCAGUGCCAUAAAAAUAUCCUGUUGAUCUCAGGCCAAAGAAAGCAUCGAUCGGUGGCCAAAAGCAGCUACAGAUUGUGACUAAAAAUAUCAGAUUAUAUGGGGCUUUACUUAUAAGUAUGUAGUUGUUGAUUUAGAUGUUCCAGGUUCUGUUAUGACCUCCAUAGAUUUGAUUUAUGAUAAAUAUGAAAGAUGCAGAGAGAGACGUAACUUUACGUACUUUUAUACAAGUGAUCUAAACUUAUUCUGAGGCACAUAUGAGGCCAAGCCAAGUUUGAUUGUGCCUUGUUUUGUAGAGACCCUGCAAAAAAAACAUGCUUUUUAUCCACUGCACUUUACUGUGGCCUUUCAGAUGCGUCAUCCUGUUUGUGUUUGGUCAC